ACUCUAAUAACUCGGCCCUGGGUGGUCGCAGAACCGCGAUUCGAAGAAGCACGGAUAAAGUUCCUUCCAAGGAACACGAAAAGCCAAGUCGGUAAACCCACUAUGAAGCUUCUCUGUAUUUUAAUAACGCUUGCCAUUGUGAACGUUUCGCCAAUUAUGACAGCGGAAUAUGCAAAUUCGGUUCGCACUACAAACAAAUAUAUCAGAGCGGCUUUUGAUGCAGAUCCUACUGGAUUGGAGAGGGCAAUUUCAAAUAUUGUUAAAGAUGAUGAUAUAACGAUAGACACACUUAAUUUGAUGUUGGUUACGCCGGAAAAAGCAAAUUUCUGGUUUACAAUUGAACAUGAUGAACCAUUUAUUAAUAACUUACCAGAACAUAUUGCCAUAGCUGAUCAGGUGGCAGUGCAAAAAGCAAUAUCCCAAGUUACAAGAAUUCCUGUGCCUCAACUUGGUCCCAACGAAAAUUUUGAGAAUGAUUCAUUGGCACGGCUUGGACAAGCCAGAAGAUGUAUAACUGGAAAAGUUACAAAAAAAUUACUUAUCGCUGCAAUUGAUGAAGGGACACCAGAAUUCCCAAACUUUACCAAAAUAUGCCGUCUAAUAGCUGUGGCUCGAUCUAUGGAAUUCCCAGAUUUAUAUAUAAAAACUGCUAGUGUUGAUCAAGCUGGUCAUGUUUGCACGUUAACUUCACAAAACGACAAUAGAUUCCUAUACAUACCUUAUAACGGCUUUAUUGCUCAGGUAUGGCCAGUAGGUCCUGAUCCUAAUGAAUAUGUGAAUGUUUUAGAAGUGAUAAAUGAUUGGUAUGAGUACAUAGUAUAUUGCACCUAAUGUUGUUAUUUUAAUUUAAUAGUAUUUAUGUCGAACUUGUAACUAAACUGUCACUUAAUUCAAUGUAGUAAAAA